AUGGGGUACACUUCUCAGCCGAUGCACAGUACAAGUCCUAAGAGAGUCUUGAUGGCCGGUCCACCUUUGAUGGGGUCAACUGAUCCAUGGGCUCAUCAGCAGGCACCAUCAACUAUGGAUGGCUCCGAUGACGAUGGAGAAGACUUGGAUGUGGAGAAACCAACCAAGAAACCAACCAAACAGCAUGACGAACAUCAUGAGGAUGGCUCUGAUGAUAGUGACUCAGACUCCGAUAAUGGUCAAGAGAGGCCAAAGCAGGAUACUCUGACCGAGCCCACAGUAAAACCUAGCAGGGUCAACCCGACCUUGGAAGAGGAUAGAGACUCGGGAUCAGAUUUGGGCUCAGACGAUGCUAUGAUCACUGUAGAUACCAGCCCCGAGCUUCAGCCUCGGUACAACAACACCCGGGCUCUCUCCCAUGAAGUACCAUCGGACACUGAGGUCUUGGCUGAUGAUACAUUUUGGGAAGCCGACCUGGGCUGUGGGGUGGAGUCGGCCGAUCGAGCGAAGAAGAGAAAAUUCACUGAUGAGGAGGAUACACCCUGCAAGUUUCCUCGGUUAGAGAAGGCCACUGUCAAACCAGCUCAAGCAACCAAUCCGAGGUCGGACACAACCAAAGCUUUGAAUAGCUUUGAUUUCACUAAGUCAAGUGGUGUCAACGCAAAACGACCAGUCCCUUCAAAACAAAAGGAGUCAGAGGCCGGUCCCAGUCAGCAACCAUCUAUUGAUGUGCCCACCAAGCCAAAACCAAAACCUCGUCCUAUCAUGAAAGGCAAGGUUUCUACAGGGGAACUCGGUAUAGUAACCCGAGAAUGGUCGAAAAAGAUUGCUGAAGAAAGUGUUCAUUCCACCCGGUCCAAGAAAGUUUCAUUCGUCAGUUAA